UGGAGGUGCUGCCGCUCUUGUCAUGGCGUUGUGUGGUACUCACCGCUCCCGGAGGUGCUGCCGCUCUUGUCCUGCCGUCAUGGCGCUGUGUGGUACUCACCGGUCCCGGAGGUGCUGCCGCUCUUGUCCUGCCGUCGUGCCGCUGUGUGGUACUCACCGCUCCCGGACGUUCUGCCGCUCUUGUGCUGCCCUCAUGGCGCUGUGUGGUACUCAUCGGUCCUGGAGGUGCUGCCGCUCUUGUCAUGGCGUUGUGUGGUACUCACCGCUCCCGGAGGUGCUGCCGCUCUUGUCCUGCCGUCAUGGCGCUGUGUGGUACUCACCGGUCCCGGAGGUGCUGCCGCUCUUGUCCUGCUGUCAUAGCGCUGUGUGGUACUCACCGCUCCCAGACGUUCUGCCGCUCUUGUGCUGCCGUCAUGGCGCUGUGUGGUACUCACCGCUCCCAGACGUUCUGCCGCUGUGUGGUACUCACCGCUCCCGGACGUUCUGCCGCUCUUGUGCUGCCGUCAUGGCGCUGUGUGGUACUCAUCGGUCCUGGAGGUGCUGCCGCUCUUGUCCUGCUGUCAUGGCGCUGUGUGGUACUCACCGCUCCCAGACGUUCUGCCGCUCUUGUCCUGCCGUCAUGGCGCUGUGUGGUACUCACCGGUCACGGAGGUGCUGCCGCUCUUGUCCUGCCGUCGUGCCGCUGUGUGGUACUCACCGGUCCCGGACGUUCUGCCGCUCUUGUCCUGCCGCUGUGUGGUACUCACUGCUCCCGGACGUUCUGCCGCUCUUGUCCUGCCGUCAUGGCGCUGUGUGGUACUCACCGGUCACGGAGGUGCUGCCGCUCUUGUCCUGCCGUCGUGCCGCUGUGUGGUACUCACCGGUCCCGGACGUUCUGCCGCUCUUGUCCUGCCGCUGUGUGGUACUCACUGCUCCCGGACGUUCUGCCGCUCUUGUCCUGCCGUCAUGGCGCUGUGUGGUACUCACCGGUCACGGAGGUGCUGCCGCUCUUGUCCUGCCGUCGUGCCGCUGUGUGGUACUCACCGGUCCCGGACGUUCUGCCGCUGUGUGGUACUCACUGCUCCCGGACGUUCUGCCGCUCUUGUCCUGCCGUCAUGGUGCUGUGUGCUACUCACCGCUCCCGGACGUUCUGCCGCUGUGUGGAGCGGCGCCUGCGCUGA